AUGGUUCCGUUGGACGAAGUUGAGAACGUUUGGGCUGACACAAUUGCUGACAGUCCCCAGAAUGAACAGGCAACAUUACUGAUGGACUACGUCACUAACACCUGGAUAGAAGGGCCAUGGACUCCAGAAAUGUGGAACCACUUUGGCAAUGACAGCCACCGGACAAAUAACCAUUUGAAAGGAUGGCACCAUAAAAUAAAUCCAAUCGCCCAGAAGAGUCAUCCGAACAUAUUUGAGGUGGUAGGUCUAUUGAAACGUGAGCAGUCUACAGUGGAAGUUAAACUACAGCAGUUAGAUGGUCACUGGCGAGGUCCAGCAAGAAAACGAAAAUACCGCACUAUCGAUGCCAGAAUCCGAUCUCUCAAAAUGAAUCGUGGAACUGAAUUAUGGAAACAAUUAAUGUGUUACUGA